GUGGUUAUACUGUGGUGACUGUAUAUACUGUAUUAGUGUAUUCCAUAGUGUAUUCCAUAUUCUAUGGUGUAGUCAUGAUUUAGAGGUUAUCUGCAUGUCAAAGCAAUCACAAGUCGCCUCAUUUUUUUGUUUUGUAAAACUGUGUUGUGUUAUUGUCACAUAAGGUAAAAGUUGUCAUCGCUACUUCAACUAAUUAUGAUUAUCUGAAAAUGAUGCGGUUGUACGUUUCUCAAUUAUUUACAAACUAAUGCUCUCCGUAACGAACAAUGUUAAAGUACACAUUUGUGCUGUCAUUGUAUUUUUCGGAAUAAUAUAAUUUUAACGUCAGCGAACACGAAAAAUGGCACUCAUCAACAUCGAAGGAAUCGAUCCUUGGCUCACGGAAUAUGACGCAUGCGAGAAGCUGUUCCGUGAGAUCAUGGAACAGCUCACUAUGCGUGACGGAGAACCGAAGACGUCAAAAGUUCACGCCAGUUUGUCAGCUAAUAUAAGAUUGCGUAUGAAGCAGUACACGCGGGAGGUCCAGCAAUUGAAAUGCAAAGUGGAAGAAGCGUCUAAAUUAAAAACAAUAACGUUUGAGGAAGCCGAGCGUAGGACGAGGCAAGUGGAACAGUUGCAAAGCAAAGACAUUCAGUUACAAAAAUUGUACGAGCCACGAACAAAUGAUUAUGUAUCGUCGCGCACUAGCUUAUUAAGGGCAGGUACAUCGUCGGCUUUCGCCGACGGUGGCACAACUUCUUGGGCUGCUGACGACGAUGAUGACAAACCGUUAGAUGUACAAGUAUCUGUUAAUGAUCUUAUGAGUCAUCAAGAUCGAGUAUUGAUAGAACAAGACAAAGGCUUAGAGGAGUUGUGUAAGGUGAUAGCUCGCCAAAAAGAAAUUGGACAAACAAUUAGCAAUGAGGUUGAUCACCAAAACGAAAUAAUUGAUGAUCUCGCUGAUCACAUGGAUAGGACUGAUGAAUCUUUGAUCAACAAGACUCAACAGGUUCGUAAUAUUCAUUCCAAAGAUCGCACAUGUGGUUAUUGGAUAGUGAUACUUAUACUUUUUAUUGCUAUUGUUAUUGUUGCUGUCGUAUAGUGGAUAUUGAAAGUAUUAUUUUAAUCCCAUUAUGAAUGGUCUUUAACUAAACUGCAUAAGACUAUUGUGCUAAGAUAUUUUUAAAUAAACUAAAGAAUGUAAUAUGAAUUAUAAA